CAUUAUCAGGAGACAGGAUUCACUAUGGUGCAGUUGAAGGGAAAAGCAAAAAGGGAGAUAGGAAGAAGAGGAGAAGGACCUCAGUGUAUCCAAUCGCACUGUAAUCACGUGUCUCUGUUGAUCAAAACUAGAAAAGGAUCAUCAUUAAACAAACUGUCUUAUUCACUGCGGCCUAGCAAUGAUUGUGCAAGAUGUUCAGAUAGUUGCAUGGAAAAGAUACUUUGUAGUAGCGAUUACAUAUUUAUAGGUCUUGUGAGAAAAUCCAAUCUGCUAUCAGAUAAUUCUAGUUUAUACAAAUCAUCAAUAGAAGUUCAAAACUAUCUCAGAUACAAUAACUCGUAUAUAUUGGAUAGUGGAAGGAGUACAUGUACAAGAUCGCCCUCACAAUUUGCACUAAACUCAGAAUAUGCCAUACCGAGUACAGGCAUCGUUAGUGUGUUUGGCAAAUGCAAGCUAAAGGAGGGCCAGAAGUACUUCAUCGGAAGCAAUCUGAAGCUAGGAUACUUGUCAAAGCCUCGGUUGAUGCUUGGCUGUGCUCAGGAAGAUGUUAAUUUCAUGUUAUAUCAUUUGAACAAGCUUCUCUUACAUAAUACUAAUACUUGUUGCUGACCACAACCAUGUCCCCCCUCUCUCUCUGUUUAUCAGUCUUUGUCACUUUACUAUUGUCAUUAUGUUAUAUAUAUUAUUAUUACUCAUUUA